AUGAUGCUCGGCCAGGCGGCCUUCGGGCCGCACUGCGGGGGCGGGGGUGGCGAGGGAGAAGAAGGGCGGAAAAAACCACAGUCUUGCCGCUCUUGCGGGAGCGCCGAGUUGGAGGCCAACGAAAGUCGCGGGGAGAUCAUUUGUUGCAGGUGCGGCACGGUGCUCGAAGACCUGACGCUCGUGGACAGUCUCCAGUUCGCCGAGUCGUCCAGCGGGGGCGUCUCGAUGGUUGGCCAGUUUGUGUCCAGCUGCAGCGGCGCAGCCCGCGGAUUGAGAGCGGGUGUCGGCGGAGGCACUGACAGUCGAGAACAAACUCUCCAGAGAGGGUUCAACAACAUACAAUCGAUCGCCGAACGCCUGCGGCUCUCGUCGCAGCAACACAUCUCGUCAGCGCACCGCCUCUACCUGAUGGCGACUCAGAGAAACUUUACGCUGGGCCGGCGCUCCGUGCUCGUGGCGUCUGCGUGCCUCUACGCGAUUUGCCGGCGGGAACGGACACCGCAUCUCCUCAUCGACUUCUGCGAUGUUCUGAGGACAAACGUUCGCGCGCUCGGCCAGGUUUUCAUGAAGCUGCUGCGCGUGCUCCACCUGCAAGUCCCUCACGUCGAUCCGUCGCUGUUCCUUGAGCGGUUUGCUUGCCAAAUGCAACUGGGAGAUAAAACGCACACGGUGGCCCAAACGGGCGUUAGACUCAUUCAGGCGAUGAAUCGCGACUGGAUCAGCACGGGGCGACGCCCGAUGGGCCUCUGCGGGGCAGCGUUGCUGAUCGCAGCCCGCUACCACAAUUUCCAAAUGAAUGCGGAGGACAUUGCGCAUAUCGUGCGCGUUUCGGGGCCGACAGUCAAUCGCCGCCUCCAAGAGUUCAAGCAGACGGCGACGGCACAGCUGGCCGUUGCCGACUUUGAGUCCACAGACCUUCUGUCGCUCCCGAGUCAGGCGCAGCCGCCGUGUCGCGUGAAGGCGUACCAGCGGAAACUGAAGUUGAUGCAGAAGAAAGAGACGCCGGCGCUUCCCAACUCGCCCGCGCUCCUCGCGUUGCCGUCGACGGUGCCGGAGGCGACUCAGCCACGAGACGGCGGGAACGAGGCGGAAGCGUCCGCCGAAGCCCACGGCGAGGAAGACGAAGGCGCGCCUGGCGAAGCGACGGCAGACAGGCCGUCUCUCUCUCCAGCUGUCUCCGCAGGCACGAGACCGACAGGACUGGGCGACUUCGCGGCGGUGGCGAAUCUGCAGCUGGACCCGGACUUGCUCUGCAAGGAGGCCCCGUCGCCAGAGGACAUUCUCCUUCUAGCCGGACGCAUGGCGUCGGCGCUCGAUGGGCAGCGAAGCAAUCCGUCUCAGUCGACUGCUGCCUCCUCUCGGGAGGACGCGCGUGCAGCGUCUCAGGCGUCCUUGACAGCUGCGGAAGGUGACGAGGAGGGAGAGUCUGGAGCCGAAGAGCGGCGCAAGCAAGGCGAGAGAUACGAUGCGGACCGACGGUUCGACUCGCUUCGGGGUGUCCAGACUCCGGGUCUCGACCAGGCGCGCAGUGCAGCCGCCUCGCGUCUUGGCGCGCCGACCUUCUCGUCCUCGUUCUCCGCAACGGCCUCGGGCGCCUCGGGCGUCGACGGCGAACACGCUGGGAGCGAACGGUCGGUAGCGCUCUUUGGAGACGCAGAUACUGCGGGAUCAACGGGAAGACGAGAGGACGACGACGAGUCGGACGAAGAAGAAAUCCGCCAUAUGUUCCUCAGCGAAAGCGAGAAGCGCGCGAAAGCGCUCAUCUGGGACGAACUCACCAAAGACGUUAUGCCUCUCGUGCAUCGAAGACUGAAGGAGAAGAAACUACGCGAGCGGGAAAUGAUGGCGGCAGAAUCCGUUCGCUUGGCUCUUCAAAUGAACGGCCGCAGCAUCGUGGGGCGCAUAAACGACGACGCGCUGAACAGCCUCUUCGGCCCCGUUCGUCGAGUCACUGAAGAAACCAGCGGAUGA